AUGGGAGGGGCAGGCAUUCUCUUGUUCCUGUUGGCCUGGACUGGGGCAGGAGUGGCCUGGAGUCCCCCCAAGGGAAAGUGUCCUCCACGCUGCUCCUGCUCUAAGGACAGCACCCUGUGUGAGGGCUCCCCCGAGCUGCCCGAGAGCUUCUCCACCACGCUCCUGUCACUCUCUCUCGUCCGGAUGGGGGUCUCCCGGCUGAAGGCUGGCAGCUUCUUAAAGAUGCCUUCACUGCACCUGCUCCUCUUCACGUCCAACACCUUCUCCGUGAUUGAGGGUGACGCGUUCAUCGGCCUGUCCUACCUGCAGUACCUCUUCAUUGAGGACAACAAGAUCGGCUCCAUCUCCAAGAACGCCCUGAGGGGACUUCGCUCACUCACCCACCUAAGCCUGGCCAACAAUCACCUCGAGGCUCUGCCCAGAUUCCUGUUCCGAGGCUUGGAGACUCUGACUCACGUGGACCUCCGUGGUAACCCGUUCCAGUGUGACUGCCGAGUACUUUGGUUGCUGCAGUGGAUGCCUACGGUGAAUGCCAGUGUAGGCACGGGGACCUGUGCGGGCCCCCCUGCCCUGGCUCAAAUACAACUGAGUCACCUUGACCCUAAGAAGUUCAAGUGUAGAGCCACAGAACUGUCCUGGCUCCAGACCGUUGGGGAGUCGGCACUGAGCGUGGAGUCCUUCUCCUAUCAGGGGGAACCUCACAUGGUCCUGGCACAGCCCUUCGCUGGCCGUUGCCUGAUCCUGGUGUGGGACUACAGCCUGCAGCGUUUCAGGCCUGAGGAAGAGCUGUCCGCGCCCUCAGUGGUGUCCUGCAAGCCUCUCGUGCUGGGCCCACGCCUCUUCAUACUGGCUGCCCGCCUGUGGGGAGGCUCACAGCUGUGGUCACGGUCCAGCCCCGACCUGCGUCUGACCCCUGUGCAGGUCCUAGCCCCUCAACGGCUGCUGCGACCCAAUGAUGCCGAGCUCCUGUGGCUGGAUGGGCAGCCCUGCUUCGUGGUGGCUGAUGCCUCCAAGGCUGGCAGCACCACCCUGCUGUGUCGUGACGGGCGGGGCUUCUACCCACGCCAGAGCCUGCAUGCCUGGCACCGCGACACCGAUGCGGAGGCCCUGGAGCUGGAUGGCAGACCGCAUCUGCUGCUGGCUUCGGCCUCUCAGAGGCCUGUGCUCUUUCACUGGUUUGGUGGCCGCUUCGAGAGGCGCACAGACAUCCCGGAAGCAGAGGACGUCUAUGCCACAAAACACUUUCAGGCUGGAGGAGACGUGUUCCUGUGCCUGACACGAUACAUUGGGGACUCCAUGGUCAUGCGCUGGGAUGGCUCCAUGUUCCGUCUCCUGCAACAACUUCCGUCCCGUGGUUCCCACGUCUUCCAGCCACUACUAAUUGCCAGGGACCAGCUGGCCAUCCUGGGCAGCGACUUCGCCUUCAGCCAAGUCUUCCGCUUUGAGCCCGAUAAAGGGAUCCUGGAGCCACUACAGGAGCUGGGCCCACCGGCCUUGGUGGCCCCCCGAGCCUUUGCCCAAGUCACCGUAGCAGGAAGACGCUUUCUAUUCGCAGCGUGCUUCAAGGGCCCCACGCAGAUCUACCAGCACCACGAGUUGGAUCUCAGUGCCUGAGGCUGGGACAAACCCUGGAAAUGGCUGUGGGGCUGGCAAGGGCAUUCUGGGAUAUCUGGGUAACCUCUCCCGCCUGGCCUCCUGGCUGUCACAGCCAGUCCUGUGUGAUACGGACCUCUAGUCAAGUGCGACAGCCUGGGUUAGGCUUAGCCCACCUUUUGGAGGAUCUGUACCUCAGGGGCAAGUGGGAGGUCUCUUCACUCCCAACUCUGUUUAGAGCCCCUCAAGUCUGAAGCCACAGUUUGGCUGAGGACAGAUGCUCCCACAGACAACAUCUUGCAAGUUCAGCCUGGAACACAGCUUGGAGCCGGGAUACAGAAACCGAAAGGGCAGUCUGCGGAGCUCCAAGAGAUCCGGACACCCCGCCCCCAACGUCCUCUUGGCCCUGCUCCAUAUGAAGUACGGAGAGAAAGCAUUCCUUUCCACUCAAACCCAAUCUGGCCAUCGGUUUUCGUGGAGGAGUAUGCGUCACUAUGACGUCACAGUUGCUGGGCAGUUUCUUGGCGUGGUACUUUCCUGCCUGUGCGCAUGUCCGCUUCCGAAGGCUGAUUGCUUUUAUGCGUGCGCGGUAAAAGUGAAGCAGUAAAGAGGAGUUUAGAGGCGUCAUAGAGAUCGCUGGGUACCUCUUUCCAGAAUGUGACAGAGGCAAGAAUGGAGCGUGCACGAGUUCAAUAAAUGCCCUGCGCACCUGACCUGCCCGCUCUGUGGGCUCAAGGCGGGAGCUCUGGUUGAGUGGCAGGUGAUGAUCCUGGAUGGGAUCCUGGGCAAGAAUUUUGUUUUGAAAGGUUUUAGGCAUUUUCUGAGUGGCACGUGGGAAUCAUUCUGGAGGCCCUGACGGAUACUGAGGAGUCUCAAGAGAGCUAGGGAUCAGUGGAGGAUCUCACACUGUGUGGCCAUUGGGGACUAUUAGUGGUGUCCUGGGAAAUUACAGGUCUCACAGGGAUAGCCGGUGAAUGGAAAAGUCUCGUGAUAAAGUGGGCUCCUCUCAGACAUGAAUGAGGAAACCAUUGCAGGGGUGUGUGUGGGGGGGGGUGGAGCUAAACUAUCUGGAUGGCCAUGGUGUGAUGAUCCUAUUAUAUAUUCUCAGUGUCAACCAGUGUACCCACAACACAUGCUGUAAGGACUCUUUUUCACUCCUGGAAAGUGUUCCUAGUUUGCCGCUAGAACUCGAGUGGCACAGGAGGCUGGCCAUGGAGGGAAAGGGCAAAUCCUGUGCCCACCAUGACGUGCAGGUCAUGACGUGCAGGACUAAGCGAGGUUUAGCCACCAGCUCCUGCACACCGGCGCCCGCCCCAUCAAGGCCCCAAGGCCCACCCCAGCAUUUGCCCACCUCCUCGCUGCUCACAGCCACACCCCCAGCUCCACACAGAGUCUCUGGCUCCCCUGAGCAUGAUGUAA